GGGGCGGGGCCGGGGCGGGGCCUGCGGCGCGGGAAUCCCGAGCCGCCGCUCCCGCCGGCUCCCCGCCAUGGCCCCGGCGCUGCUCCUGGUCCCGGCCGCCCUGGCGUCUUUCGUCCUGGCCUUUGGCACCGGCGUGGAGUUCGUGCGCUUCGCCUCCCUUCGGCCUCUUCUCGGAGGGCCCCCGAAGCCUGCGGGUCCCGAGGCACCCCAGGGCUGGCUGGCCGCCCUGCAGGACCGCGGCGUCCUGGCUCCCCUGGCGUGGGAUCUGGGGCUCCUGCUGCUCUUUGUGGGGCAGCACAGCCUCAUGGCGACGGAGACAGUGAAGGUGUGGCUGUCCCGGUCCUUUGGGGUUCUUCAGAGGUCGCUGUACGUGGCAUGCACGGCCCUGGCCUUGCAGCUGGUGAUGCGAUGCUGGGAGCCCGUCCCCAGAGGCCCUGUGCUGUGGGCAGCUCAGGCCGAGCCCUGGGCCACCUGGGUGCCCCUGCUGUGCUUCGUGCUGCACGCCGUUGCCUGGCUCCUCAUCUUCAGCAUCCUCCUCGUCUUUGACUACGCGGAGCUCAUGGGCCUCAAGCAGGUGUACUACCACCUGCGAGGGCUGGGCGAGCCCCUCGCCCUCAAGUCCCCCCGCGCUCUGAGGCUCUUCUCCCACCUGCGCCACCCGGUGUGUGUGGAGCUGCUGACGGUGCUGUGGGUGGUGCCCACCCUGGGCACCGACCGGCUCCUCUUCGCGCUCCUCCUCACCCUGUACCUGGGCCUGGCUCACGGACUUGACCAGCAAGACCUCUGCUACCUCCGGGCCCAGCUGCAAAGAAAACUGCACCUGCUCUCCCGGCCCCAGGAGGGCGGGCCCCAGUGAGCAGGUGCCUGGUGUCAGGCCCUGCACUCCUCUCCCCUGGGGUGGCGACCCCUGGCCACCCAGGCCCUGGCUUAUUCAGGCCGGAGGCCCCGAUCCACGGGCCGAGGGCCGUCCAUCCACUCCACUCCCGCCCAUCUCAUGCCCUAAAUCCCGAGUGUCCGCGCUCCGAGGCCCACUCCUCGCCAGCCAGGAGGGGGCGGGGACUUGCAGGUCUCACAGCUGAGGGCGUGACCCCCCUUCCCAGCCUCAGGGCGAAGGGUCCCGCCUGGCUACUCCCGGGCACUCGCCUGCAUCUCAGGGUCCCCUUCUCCGUGUCGCUCGCGCCCAGGAGCUGGCGCAGCCGCCCCGCCCCCCGCCCUGCACCUCGAGGCCCCCUGGUUCCUGCAGCUGAGCUGAGCGGCCUCUUGGCCCUUCGUUCGGGUACGGCUCCCUGCUCUCCCGAGGAACACGCGCGGCGGGAAAAUAAAUCGCAGCCGGUUUCUCUGCA